AUGAUGACCAUGAUACGUGGGCCCAGGACACGGACGGGACACCGAUCACCGUGGCCAUCGGCCACAACUACGCUGUUCACCCUUGGCCUGAUCGCCGUGUGCAUGCUGCUGUGUGUGCUGCCUGCUCCUGCACUGGCCAAGAACGACACGCGCCAUGCCAAGCUCGUGAGCUGGAAGGCCAAGCACCAGCAUCAGGAGCUUCCACCCCCUGCCAAUGGAAACCCGUCCCCGAACCACGUGCCAACCCCGACAGUCUCGCCGGACGAGGAGGAGACAUAUGCAUCCCAGAGAAUAUUUAUCUUGCUCGUCAUCAUGGCCGCCGCCAUCUUCGUCGUCUUCGUAUUGAACCGGAUGCGGCUGCACUACCUCCCCGACAGCAUCGCCAUGAUCGCUGUUGGUCUGUUUGCUGCUGUCGUGCUGCGUGUGAUGGGUUCUGGCCUUGAGCGCGUUGAGGCGUUUGAUCCCACGUCCUUCUUCCUCUUCAUCCUCCCGCCAAUCAUCUUCGAGAGCGGCGCCAUCUUGAUCUUCGCUGUAGUCGGUACCGUCCUCUCCGCAUUUGUGGUUGGCUUUGGCGUGUACUGGUGCGGCUCGGCCGGAUGGGUCUACAAACUGUCCAUCACAGAGAGCUUUGCGUUUGGGUCGCUGAUCAGCGCGGUGGAUCCCGUGGCAACGCUGGCCAUCUUCCAGGCCCUCGACAUUGACCGCACGCUGUACAUGCUCGUGUUUGGGGAGAGCGUUCUCAACGACGCCGUCUCGAUUGUGCUCACGCGCACCAUCUUGCAACUCGGUCACCGCAAGGCCAUUUCUUCUGCCGUCUUCUUCACCGUGAUCAAGGAGUUCCUGCUUGCGAGCGUUGGCUCGGCGGCCAUCGGCGUUGUGUUCGGUCUUCUCGGCGCCCUCGCCCUCAAACACGUGGAGUUGCGGUCAUGGCCUGCGCUCGAGUUCUCCCUCUUCGUCAUCUUCGCCUACCUCCCGUAUGCGCUGGCGGAAGCGCUUGACCUGAGCGGCAUUAUGGCCAUUCUCUUUGGCGGAAUCACACACGCACACUACACCCGCUUCAACCUCUCCCCACGCACCCAAGUGACUGCGCGUCAGACCUUUCGCACCAUUGCGUUCCUCGGCGAAACAGCCGUCUUCCUCUACCUCGGUCUCGCUGUGAUGUCGUUUGACCACAAGUUCCAGCUGCCGCUCAUCGUGGCAAGCCUGGUGCUGUGUCUGCUUGGACGCGCCAUCAACAUCUUUCCGCUCGCCGCUUGGAUCAACCGCGCACGCGCGCGCAUCACAACACGCAUGCAGCUGGUGAUGUGGUUCAGCGGGCUGCGCGGGGCCAUUGCGUUUGCGCUCGUCCUCCACCUCCCAGGCGACGUCUUCUCUGAGGAGACGCGACAAGUUUUGGUGACGACGACGCUGGUCGUCAUUCUCUUCACCAUCCUCGUCUUUGGCGGCGCGACAGUACCCGUCCUCAAGUGCCUUCGACCAGGCCACCGCGCCCAGAAGAUCGAGUUUGGACGGAAUCAAGAGGACGACGACGAUGUCGACAGCGAUGCUGAUCUUGGCGAUGGCUACACCAGCAAACGUGACAACAUGUCCCUGCUUGAGCGCUAUGACACCAGCGUGUUCCAGCCCAUGUUCAGGCGCAAACUCACGGCAAAGGAGGUGCAGAAAGCGCAGACUGAGCUGCAAGAGAUCACAUCAGAAUGGAUGGAGCAAACCACUACCGCAACCACCGCCAUCGCCACGCCAGCCGCUAUCGUUGAUGCGACACCAUAA